AUGAAUGACGGGCUUUACUUGCAAAUUCUUGCUGAAAACAAAACGAGCGGCAGGUGGGCGACUGAUGCCGGGAUAUCGCGCCAGCCCAAGACCAUGGAAACGAGUGAGGUGAGGAGCGGGAAAGGAGAGGAAGAAGGAGCAGGUGGGCGGGCUGCAGAGGCGAGGGAAGGGCGAGGGAAGGGUGAGGGAAGGACGAGGGCGACCAGUUCGUGUCGGGGUGGGAAGGAGCGUACGGCGGUUCACACGAGAUAUAUCACGGUGGAGAUGCACAAGCGGAAGGAGCGUCCCUUCCUGAGACUCGCCGCACGGGAGACCACUCGGCCGGAUGCGCGGGCCCAGUCGAGACGGCUCGAGUCAUUCAUCACGAAAAGAUCGGGCUGGCAUGUCAUCAAAGUCUGGUCUGGCAAGUGUGUGUGCCUGGUGCCUGCCCACCCAGUUGGAGUGACAGUUACGGCUGUGCCAUGUUUGAUAUCUGGUCGGGCUCUGAAUAGCACCACCACCACGCCUGCAAAGACGUGCGACCGCUACCCAGGCACCAGACCGACAUUGACACACCAGGUACCCGUCGAGACGCACCCGCCCACACCCUCGGCCUCAUUACCCUGGCGUCGGCGGGCACGAGCGCUGCUGAGAAGGACCAGACCUCGCCUCCAGGAGGCGUUCACGGAAGGCAGCAUCUCCCUCGCUCCCGUCCACGCCUGGGAAGUAUAG